CGCGUGCCGGCAUCGGGAAGGGCGGAGGAAGCGCUAGCUACCCUGAAGAUAGACCGCGAAGCGGGCCGCGGGCAGGAUGGAGGCCGAGGAAAGCUCCGCAGACACUCUGCGACUCCAGUUCAAGGCCAUGCAGGAGCUGCAGCACAGAAGGCUACAGAAACAGAUGGAGAAAAAGAAGGAGAAAGAGCUGAGCUGUAAAAGUAAAGCUGACCAGGAGGAGCUUACAGAGAUCCCAGACAAUCUAAGCCUCCUCAACACGGAGGAGCAGAACCUGAAAAACAUCUUCGAGAAGAGGGUGCUGGAAGAUGAAAUCCAGCAGCUUCGUAGUGAGCUCAGGGAGACAGUCGAUGAGAACGGGCGACUGUAUAAGCUUCUGAAGGAGAGGGACUUUGAGAUAAAACACCUCAAGAAGAAAAUAGAAGAGGACAGGCUUGCCUUCACAGGGGCAACCGGGAUGGCUGGGGAUCUCGUUGCCACCAAAAUCAUUGAACUGUCCAAAAAGAACCGGGGGCUGAUGGCAGAGUCAGAGAGUGCGAAGGCCAGGGUGAAACAGCUGACUAACCGCAUCCAGGAGCUGGAACACGAACUGCAGAUGGCACCAGCCAGGCCGCCGGCCAAGGGGACCACUGACCCAGGAGCCAAGCCACUGAGGACCCAGGCAGGAGACAGACCCUUGCUGGAGUCCCCAGAGGUGAAAGCUCUGCAGGAAAGGCUUGCAGCCACCAACCUGAAGAUGAGCGACCUGCGCAACCAGAUCCAGUCCGCGAAGCAGGAGCUCCGUGUGGCCCAGAAGGUUCUGGCCAAUGAAGUUGGCGAAGACAUAAACAUCCAGCAACUCCUGGCCUCACCAGGGACCUGGAGGGGGAGGGCUCAACAAAUCCUAGUUUUACAGAGUAAGGUCCGAGAGCUUGAGAAGCAGCUGGGGCAGCGUCAGAACAAGACGACAGGCUCAUUGGGCUCGGAGCCGCUGCCUGUCGGUUCAGACCCACGGAAGCUGACAGCACAAGAGAAAAACCUGCUGAGGAUCCGCAGCCUAGAGAGGGACAAGCAGGAAAGCUGGGAGAAACUGGCCAGUGAGCGGGACACCCUCCAGACAGAGCUGGAAGAACUGAGAAGGAAGUUUGAGGGCAUGCGCUCUCGCAACAAGGUGCUGUCCAGUGAGGUGAAGACCCUCAAGACCCAGAUGGUGACCCUGGUGGAGAAGGGGAAGCAUGACGAUGAGCUGAUUGAUGCCCUCAUGGACCAGCUCAAGCAGCUGCAGGACAUUCUGGGAAGCCUGAGUGUGCAGGAGGAAUCGAGGCGCACAUCCCAGCACCACCUGGACCAGAAGGUCAACAGUGAGGCCCAACGGAGCAGCAGCCUUGUGGCCCAGCUGCGGGCCAUGGUGGCCGAGCGUGAGGCCAAAGUGCGGCAGCUGGAGCUGGAGAUUGGGCAACUCAGUGUCCAGUAUCUCCACAAUAAAGGAGGGGGUGAAGGGGCCAGCCCCACCCAUGCCAGGUUCCCUGAGGACCAGACCCCCGUAACCAGCUCUCCGGCCUCGGCAGGCGAUCAUGUCAGCAGGCUAGGAUCCUCUCGCUCUGUGACCAGCCUGGGCCACACACUGGUGGAGUCUGCUCUCACGAGGCCUUCCCUGUCUAGUCCCCACGGGACCUCACCCAGGUUCUUGGACUCCCCAGAACAAAAGGGCUGGCAGGCACAAGCUGCAGAAAUGAAGGCCCUCUGGCAAGCAGCUGAGGUGGAGCGCGACCGCCUGAAUGAGUUUGUCACUGUCCUGCAGAAGCGGGUGGAGGAGAGCAGCAGCAAGCUGCUGGAGGCCGAGCAGAGGCUGCAGGAGGAACGCCAGCGCGCCGUCCUGCUGGAGCAACACCUGGAGAAGAUGCGCCUGGAGCCCUCCAGGACCUCGGUGUCCCAGAAAGUUGCCAGGAGCAAGCCAGGGCCACCGGCCUCCAGCGGCAAGCACAACCCACCUGGGAGCGCCAAGAAAGACUCGUCCUCCACUCAGCUUUCAGAUAUGCCCAUGGAAUCCCAGAUCGAAGAGCUGACCGCCAGGUGCUUCCUGCCCAGCCUUCCGGAAAGGGCUGGCCAUCCAAAUGGAGGAGAACGGAAUCCUGAGAGACGCCCUGGGCAGUGCCCUGCGUGGGAAGGAGGAAGACUUCCGCAUGUACCACCAGACCCUGGGUCAGGUGAAGGGGGUCUUCCUGCAGGCCCUGCGGCAGCAGAAAGCCAACAAGCAGUAGGGUGCAGCUUCUUGCUCUACUCCUGGGGGACAGGGUCCUCAGACGACUGACCCCCGUGUGCAGACUGUGCCCACCAGGCUCCUCCCAGAAGCAACUUGGACUACCAGCUGAGCUCAGACCUGCUCAGCAGGCAGGCCAAGGCUCAGGGUGCCUGGGCCAGGGAGGAGGCCGGCCACCCCCAGCAGAUGUGUGACCUUGAGCCGUGCUGUGGCCCUUGUACUUGGGCGUGGCCAGGACACACAAAGAUGAAACCCUUGGUGCUUCCUGAUGGGGAGGCAUCCACUGGUGCCAUCCACACCUCCCCACAGUCACCCA